CAAUUGUUCGUGUCCCUGGCAGUAACCACAAAACACAUCGACGUGUUUUCAAACCAGAUUAUGGAUAAGUUGGAUAGGUAUGUGCAUUUCGUAAGUCUGAUGCUUUUCGAUCCACGCGAGGUCAACGUUACAAGCAUUAGAGGACCAUUGUUCCAAGAUUUUCAGAAUAAUGUGGGCUAUGCAGAAUCCUUCUUGGCGAAGGCCGGUUUCACAAAAUCACACAUUUGUGUUGGCUUGCCAGCGUACGGACGAACGUUCACUCUAGGUGAAACCACAAACAGCUCUGCAGCAAGCGCACCAUUACAACCAGGGAUUCAAGGGAAUUACACACUCCAGCCAGGAUUCCUAUCGUUUUAUGAGGUGUGCAGAUUUGCGGAUACAGCCACUUCGACACGGUGUCGAGAUCCAUACACCAAGGAGCCUUACAUAACAUCCGGGAACCAACUGAUCGCCUAUGAGGAUACUGAAAGUUUAACAUACAAGAUAAACUGGAUUCGCGACAACAAUUUUGGCGGUGCUUCAAUUUGGGGCCUCGAUCUGGAUGAUUUCCAAGCAAUGUGUCGGAGCUCUCAUCAAAACUUUCCCCUGAUCAGGCUGCUUGAACAAGGCCUUAGGGAGCAUAUUGUUCCUCCAGAAUCUGGCGAUGGGCCAUGUCGACCUAAUAAUUCAUCACAGAAAAGUACCAAAACGGGCACCGUUGAAGGAAAUGUUGUUACUAACGUAACGGAAAAAACACAAUCGCUGACCAAUAAACCUGAUUUUCCUGCAAAAGUCUAUAAAAACGACGCAGCCAUCAAUAACAAUGAAAUUAUCAAGAGCGAUCAAGCUUCUCUAAUAGCUUCAACCACUGUUGUGCAAAAAAUUAACACAAGACUUUCAAUCCUAGAUCUGAGGACAGCUACUGGAACGACCAAUUCUCCGAUUAGUUCCGUCAACAUUAACGGAAAAGGAAAAGCUUCAAAUGCUAAAGAAUUCAAUGGGGGCACAUCACCUACUGACAAUAACGUCUCGUUACCACCCUCAAAGGCCGUUGGCAACCCAUUUGUAGGAACUACUACCAACAGAGGAACAUGGGGAUUACAAAGUGAUCCAGUGAAAGCCGACAAUAAAACAUCUAACAAAGACACAACAUCGACCGUUGCCUCCAGUAACCAAUCAUCAAAUCUGUCUUUUCCACUUAUUGCUAACCAAGUCGCUUCAGACCAAUUGAUGCCCGAUUCCGAUAUUAUAAAUAAUGAACAACCCGUUGAUGCCACAUCUGACCAAAACCAGGUACCGUCAGUCGAUGAUACAGAAGUAGUUGACGAAGACGUUCAAGGUAACCCUGGCGACGAUUUGAAUGAAGAUGGGGUGGAUAUCAUUGAAUAGGAAGAUGCAGUUCAGGAUCAGUUGAAACCUAGACCUCUGCUAGUGCUGCUGUCUAAUAUUAUUUGAUAAACUCGCAACGAACUCGAGUAAAAAAUAUCAACUUAUUAUUACAAUUUAUAGAUUCUGCCAUUUUUAUCAACAUGUGUAUACUUCAC